UGUAAUUCUCUAUGGUUUUAAAACUGUCAUGGACAUGGACGUGAUAAUUUUAUCAGUUUAGUAAAUAAAAAAGCUGUUUUAACUUAGAAUCUUGGUGAUUUUCAUUUAGAAACAAUGGAUUUCGAAAGUCCUGACGUGGAAAAGGAUUUUCCUGGCUUAUAUGCAUCCGAAACUGGCCGAAAAAGUAAUGAAAGCGACUUCAGCGAUGGUGGUGAGCAUGAGAAACCCAGCAAGAAAGAUCUGCUGGGACGUCGCAAAGAAAAAAAGGAGAAGAAAGACAGGGGCUAUGCUGCUCUUGAAGGGGAAAGUUCCCCUGAAGAAGAUACUGAUGCAAAUUGUAAACUUCAAAAGAACAGGGAGCCCCAGGGCCCCGUGGGGACGGCCUUAGUAGGUACCUGUACACUGGCGCCGUUGAAGGGCGGCAUCUUGGCGCGCGGCAUGCAGGCGUCGUGGUCAUCGGUCGUUAUAAAAGCAGGCGUCGUGCAGCUUGGGACCGAGGCUGUCAAUCCUUUAUCCAGUUGUAAACUUCUAAAGAACAGGGAGCCCCAGGGCCCCGUGGGGACGGCCUUAGUAGGUACCUGUACACUGGCGCCAUUGAAGGGCGGCAUCUUGGCGCGCGGCAUGCAAGCGUCGUGUAACUUCGGGCUGAGUUUUGGAUUAGACGAGAUGGGGUCGAAGGAGGCUGUCGAAGUCAUGGGCCCGUUAGGACCCUGGUUGGGGUUGAUGGGCAUGUUGUCGGGCCGCAUCCCGCAGGAGCCCGGGAAGGGGCCCGAACCAAGAAAUUGCGUUUACCAUAAUAACGCACAACACUUGUGUACCCAACUGUACAGUACGCAGCAGACACAGUCAUGGCACGUCAUGGUUUAUUCAGUCGUCCGCUGGUACACCGUCAUGCACCACCUACGAAAUGUUUUUGCUAAGGAAAAAGAAGAAAAGGCGAAGUUCAAGUUAGAAUCGAAAGAAAAAUUAAAAGACGAAAAAAAGGAGAAAGUGAAAGACAAAGACAAGGAUAAAGUGAAAGAGAAAGACAAAGAAAAAGUUAAGGAAAAAGACAAAGAAAAAGUUAAGGAAAAGGACAAGGACAAAAAAGACAAGAAACUGACUAAAGUGCCGUCGACAGUGACCUCUGGUGUUCCUUUUGAGGAAAUAUUUACACUUGGAGUGGCCCUCCCGAUAUUCGGCGUGCCCCUCCUGCAGUCGGUGGAGCGAUCCAGAUGCCACGAUGACUCCCGCCUGCCUCUGGUCGUGAGGGACAGCAUAGAUUACUUGCAGGCAAACGGCUUAAAAUCAAACCAGAUAUACCGCACCGAGCCAGACAAGAUCAAACUACAGCAGCUAAGAAAACUCUACACGGACCGCGGGCCCACCUUUCCCUACCACUGGGAUGUGCCGGUGGCCUGUGCUAUGCUCAAAAGCUUCAUUAGUGAACUCCCCGACUCAAUCCUCACUCAAGAGCUCCAUGGUCAGUUCGAACAAGCGACAGCCAUAGCGGAGCCCCAAAGAGAGACUACCAUGAUGUCACUUGUCGGGAAACUACCUCCAUGCAACUACAACUUGCUAGCCUGGCUUAUGAGGCACUUUGAAAGCGUCGUAGCGAACGAACAGGUGAACCACGCAAGCAUACAAACUAUAACAACAGCGAUGGGCCCCGCUUUGAACAUGUCCUUCAAUUUGAUCACGUACUUCGUCACCAAAGCGGAAAAGCUAUUCCCUGACGUUCAUCUUACGAAGUAAGUUUAUUGCUUUAUUGAUAGA